AUGAAGAUCCACGCGAAACAACUCGGAAUAUACAUUGCGGCCGCAUCCAUAGUACUGUCCAUCUACCCAGGUCCAAUCGUGCGCCUUGCUCCCAAUGAACUCAUUUUCAGUGAUCCUGAGGCGAUCAAGUCUAUCUACGGCGUGAACUCGGGCUUUACCAAGAGUGAUUUCUAUCAUGCCUUUCGCGCUCCAGUGGGUCGCUUCCCAGAUCACUUCUCUUCUGAUAACCAGCAAAUUCAUGCCGAGCGACGUCGGAUUGUCAACCCAGUGUACUCUCUUCACAAUGUACUAGAAGCCGAGCAGUAUGUGGAUGGUUGUAUCGACGUUCUAUUGGAGCAACUUUCGGACAGUGCCGACAAGAAACAAUGCAUUGAUCUGCAUGAAUGGAGUCGCUUCUUUGCCUAUGAUACAAUUGGGGAGUUAUUCUUCAGCAAGACUUUCGGAUCUCUGAGGAGCCGACAUGAUCAUCUCGGAUUCAUGGCAUCUGCAGAUUACCUGAUUCCCGUGAUGACACUGGCUGCUUUGAUGCCAAUCUAUCUUCGGCCCGUUUUUAUGCUCACAGGAAUGCUGUUCCCCAGCCUCCGCAAAGCAUUUAGAGCGGUAGGCACAUUGACCGACGCGUCUAACCGGGUGGUCGCCGAGCGCGUCCAGCCUGGUCAGAGUGAGGUCAAAUCCGAGCGAUCAGAUUUUAUUACCAAGGUGUUGCAGAUCUACCGCGAGAAAGGCCCGAAAGUCGACUUUGAUAUCGACGAUGUCAAGACGGAAGCCUGGUCGGCCUUCUUCGGCGGCGGCGACACCACGGCCAUCUACCUAUCCACGACUCUACUACAUUCUGAAAGACCCAGAGAUCUACACAAGAGUCCAAAAAGAGAUCGACCAAGCCAGACGGGAUUCUGCUUCUUCAAGCCGGAGAGUAAUCCUGUCCGAGUGUACCGCAGGAUGUAA